AUGAUGUGGCACACCACUGUGCUGAACUCCUGCCUCCUCCUGCUGUUCAUUAAAAGUUACCUUUUGCUGGACGACUGCUCAUGGACAGUUGUGGUCAACAAGUUUGGCGGCAUCGGCUCCGGCCGACAUCUGUUCUUCACGCAGAAUGAAGACAGAAAGGUGGCUGAGGUUUUUAAGGAACUGGGAGAUUCUGCCAUCGAUCCCAAUGACAAAAAUGCUCAUUACUUUGGAUUUCCGUACUUCCUGAAAAUUAACCUGAGUUGCCUAGUACAGAACUCCGCACGAGCCAUUCGGUCGGCACACUAUACCGGUCUGAUCCCCGAGGUGACAGUCACUUUUCAAGAACCCGUCCACUCUGUGCGUCAGAAACGAGAGCAGUUGCAGAUCAUGAUGAGGGCCGCACCGUCCCGGAUUGAAGGAAGAUGCGACAGUGAGGAGGUGUGCGAGAUGUGCUGGUUCACGCCCAUGCCGAUGAUGAACGGCAGCGUGAUGAUGGAAGUCUUCGUGGCGAUCGAUGGCCUCGGGGCCUUGGUGGAGGACAAGAGGUUCUCUAUCAACAUCAAUGGCUUUGCAAAGAUAGAUAAGGAGAAAAAUGACAUCGUAUAUACAAUUGGAACAAAGUUAACCAACUUGAAGGACUUCCUGUCCCUGAAUGAGGUGUCACGUCCCUUGUGGGCCACGUAUAGGCAGGCCCCUGUGCUCAUCAUUGGUCAUGUGCCCCACAGCAAGAUCAUCCUCUUGUCAGAUACGCUGUUUGAUGAUUUCUCCGCGAUAGAGGUGGCUAUUGACAGCUGCUGGAUUGGCUCCCUCUCGUGCCCACAGAAGAACUUCUCCUCUUCCAUCAUGGACACCAUCUCCACAGAAAGCACUCUCUUUAUCCGACAGAACCAGCUGGUCUAUUACUUCACGGGAAGUUACAGUGCCUUGCACAUGAAAAACUCAGGGUCUGUGCUAUGGACGCGCAUAUUGAACAACAUCUGUGUGAAGCAGUUAAACCCAGUGCAUUUCGCCAAAAACGAUACUGAAUACGUGAUUGCGCUCGGUGGCGGCUGGCAGGAAGGAGAAUUCUUUCUGAUUAGAGUGAAAGAUGGCAUUGUGAAGGUCUCCGACUCCAUAAAGUCUAGGAAUGGGACGGUGUGCAGGUCGUUACAGUUCCCGAAAUGCUCCAUCCUUUGGAUCAUCUUUGUUACUACAGGGAACCAAUUUGUGCUGUUGGUGAAGGACUCUAUUAGGGGAAGCUAUUAUGUUGUGUUGUACUACCAAGCACAAAAAACAUUUGAAUUGAUGUACCAGCUUCCUAGAUUUGUUCCCAAGGGCUCUGAUAAAGGCUUUCUGAUGCUGGUAGGAGCGGAGCAGUAUACGAACCGGACCCUCAUCCCCAGAGGCCUGGCCUUCAACCCCUUCACUAUGAUCCUGUACAUCUGGGGCAAUGUGGUCUUGCAGAGCCACGACAUGGUGAAUUAUGUAUACCUCUCCAGUUUCCCGAGUACAUCCUUCAUCAAAUAUUUUGUUCAUUCAUAUCAGGGGCAUUAUGCCUGUGUGACAGAUAAAGAGGAGAUCUGGGUUUCCCUGGAAGGCAGCUCGGUGCUUAUCCAGUUGCAUCCAUCAAAACCUUGGAAUCUAUAUAGUGAUUUACAGAUCAUUAGAAAAUCACCUGAAUAUGGGAAUAUGGAGGCCAUGAUCAGUGUUUUCUACGACCCAGAUGGGCUGAAACAGCUGCUUUAUUUAGAAGAUGAACAUGGCAAAGCGAGAGUAAUCAAGAGGAGAGUCCCGCUGAAUCAUGUCCUGACGUACAGGCAGUUGAUCAGUGCCCCUUACCACCAGAUGACGUAUGAGGGAAAAGAAUACAUCCGAUUCACCCACCGCUGCCCAUUUGCCGUGAUGCGCAUCGUGGACCAGCCGGCCCCCCAGCGCUUCACCCGGAUGGAGCAUUACAGUACCCAGCCGCCAGACGUCAUGGAUCCCACCAAGUUCCAUGACCCUAAGUCGUUGUCUGUCUACCAGGGGCUGAUCUUCCAGCUGCUCUGGCUGCAUUCGGCUUACAACAGACCUUAUGCAGACCCAGUCCAUGACCCCACGUGGCGUUGGUGGAAGAACAAGGAACAAGAUGCGGAAUAUUACUUCUACGUGGCGGCAAACAGAAACUCCUCGGGAGGUGUCUACGUUAAUAUGAAAAACUAUGUAAAGGUCUACAACCUGAGGGCUCAGCAUGAACUGCCUCCCCAAAUCUACCUGGACAAGAACAACACCUACACCUUCUGGGUGUUCUUGAGCAUCAGGACGGCCAAACAGAGCAUGGGGGAGUCAGCGGCAGAAAAUUCCCUCAACUCCAUGUGGGUCACCGUCAUUUUAUCCCAUCCAAAGUAUUUCGUUGCAAAACUGGAGAGGCAGGAGCUCAUCAGCAGAGGCUCUGUGCUGUAUGAAGUGACGGUCGCCGACACGGGCCUGUUUCCAAACCAAGACCUCAGCGGAAAAAACCUUCUGAAGGGCUCCAUCAUUUUAAAAGUGGCACACUCCUCAGUGAACUGCUACCACUACACUUCAAAGGGACCACGGCUAAAGGGCUACAAGACGAUGGGCGUCAAUGUCGGCUGCCCCCCAGGCAAGAGGUUGGCCUUCGAUAUCACGGGCACUUUGCAGUACACCACCAAGAAGAACAAGCGCUACUUUGACUGCGUCAACCCGGACCCUGAGAUGCCCUGCUUCUUCUUUAGCGACGUGUUCAACCCUUCCUUUCUGAUCCAAGACAUGGUGACGGGGCACUCGGGCCCAUUCGAGGGAAGCUACAUCUUCAAGGUCAUUGGUGGGGGACCGUUUUCAGAGAAGGAGAUCCGCUACUUCAGCAACCAGGAGAUUCUGCUCUACAAUUCGGUGCAUGGCAGUAUAACUCAGAGCUUGAUCUGGCUGAGGGAAGACAAUUCAGACAAUCAAACGAACACCGAAGGUUUCCAUAUCCUUUCUGGGGCCAACUUUGGGAUUAUGUUCGUCUGCCAGAAGAAUUCUCCAUGUUAUGACAUCGUUCCCAAGGACAUGACCACUCCUGAUUACUUCUUUGUAGUGAAGGUGUCAAACAGAGACGUGGACCAAACCACCUAUUGCGACUACGCCUUGGAGUUCACCAUCCACGUCCAUGGCCUGCGUCUCAGCCCCUCCCGGGCCAUCUUCCUCAUGAAGGUUUCUCUGGGCUCAUUAGUUGGCUUGGUGCUGGCAUACAUGUUCAUCCUCAUUGUGGGCCCCAGCGUCAAGAACGUGUUUCACAGCAUGUACAAGAGAGUCGAGAAUGCCAUCGUUUUUCGGGCCGGAUCCAGUGCCACUUUCUCAUCUUCGUUCAGCAGUCAAAGUUCCUUGAGCAACCUACACUCCUCAUCUGACCAUAGCAACCCCAGCUCACCACCAUCGGUCCACGGAGAAAAGCUGUAA